AUGAUUUCUAAAAAACUAUCUCGAAAUUCGAAAGGAAAACAACGAUUAGACGUGCUACACUCUGUUUUGAAAUCCCAACGAAAAUAUCAAAAAGUGGCAAAAGAUGCUCGUCUCAUGGUGAAAUUAUUGAAACAGAUGAGGGAAAAAAUUUCGUUGGGGGAAUUUAACAAUUUUUGUUCUUCAAAAUUUGACGAAUCAGUUGGUCGAAUAGGGUCAUCCUAUGAACUUGUUUCCAACUAUGGCCGAAAUUUUAAUGAAACGAAAUUGGAUACAAAGUCUAACGAUGAUGAAACUUCCGAUUCUUCAUGCUCAUCAUCAUCUUAUACAUUCUCCGAUGAUAUUGAUACUGACAAAGAAUACAGAGAAGAGCAUUAUCAAAGCGAUGAAGAAUUUCAGAACGAAGAGAUAGAAGAUAAGAACGAAGACGAACAAGACGGUGGUGUAAAAGACGAAAUAAUGAACAAUGAAGAACAAAAAGGUCAAGAACGACAAGAACAGGAAUGCUGGACAAAAUAUCAAAGAAACGCGUUAAAUGAAAAUUUAAUCAAAUAUUUCGAAUAUCGUAAGCGUAAAAUUGGAUUUUCGCAAAAACAAUUGGCCGAUGAACUAGUAGAUUUAUCACCAAAUAAAGACGUCGGCUUGAAACUGGAAAAAGUUAUUGGCGUAUAUCUGAGUAGACGAGUAUUACCAAGCAAACCAGAAUUAUUGAAAGCAAUUGAUUUAUGGAUCAGUCGGGAGAAAACAAGAAAAUACUGUUGA